AUGGCAGUCGGUAAGGUGACCUUCACCAAGGUGGAGAGAGAGAAACUGGCCGAGGUCCUCUGGCUGCUCAACUGGAUCUCUGUGCUGACAGGAGCUAUCCUUUUUGGCCUUGGCUUAUUUCUCAAAGUAGAAAUUCAGAAAUGGCAGGAAGUGAUGUCAGAGCAGGGGAUCCUUUAUGUACCGCAUACGCUGAUCACCACAGGCCUGGCGGCCUGCUGCAUCAACUUCCUGGGUGGGAAGAUCUGCCUGGACUGCGCUGACACCAACAAGUUCAUGCGCUGGAAGCUGGUGAUGAUGCCGUACAUCAUCUGCACCUUGUUCUUUACCACCUGCGUCCUGGCAGGGGCGCUCAUGUGCUACAGCAUCCGCAGCCAGCUGGAGGAGGCGCUGUUCCUGGGCCUGAGGAACACCAUGAGGUAUUACAAGGACACGGACACGCCGGGCCGCUGCUACCUGAAGAGGACUCUGGACUCGCUGCAGAUCCAGUUCCAGUGCUGUGGGAACACCGAGUACCGCGACUGGUUCCACAUUCAGUGGAUCAGCAACCGCUACCUGGACAUGACCAGCAACACAGUAAUGGACCGUCUCAGGAGUAACGUGGAUGGGAAAUACCUGAUGGACGCCGUUCCCUUCAGCUGCUGCAGCACCUUUUCCCCUCGGCCCUGCAUCCAGCAGCAGCUCGGCAACAGUUCGGCCCAUUUUAAUUACGACCGGCAGAGCCAGCGGCUGAACCUGUGGAGGAGGGGCUGCCGACAGGCCCUGAUGGACCACUACACGAGCAUCAUGCAGUCCAUCGGCCUCACCGUGCUCCUCAUCUGGCUGUUUGAGCUGCUGGUCCUGACGGGAGUCCGCUACCUGCAGACAGCAAUGGAGAACGUUCUCCGGCUGGGGGAUCCAGAUUCAGAGUCUGACGGCUGGAUCCUGGAGAACAGCUUGGCAGAAACGGCUCGGUCCAACUUUAAUGUCAUCAAGAACCUGGGGAAGUGUUACCAGGUCGACGACGACCCCAACAUCAACGUCCCGACCACUGCGGCCGAGCAGGAGGUCCCGUCCCACCAGGUCCAGGUCCCUGUGACCAGCUAGUGUCCAGCCUGAGCGGUCAUGAACCCCUGGAAGAGCAGGAUGAGCUGGAACCUCUCAGGUUAAACAUGCUCUGCUGAUGCAUCUUAAACUCAGACCAUGAAUCACUUCCGGCCUCAUGAGGCUCUGCAGUGAAAAAGUUUUCAUCCUGCGAAGCCAAACGAAAGCUCAAUGGAUGGGAUGGAUGGGAUGGAUGGCAUGGCGAUAUUAAGGAAUGUUAGAACUAUUAUAAGGAACAGUAUGAACAUCUGAGGUGAAUCUGACUGAUGCAGGACCAGACGGUUCUCUCAAACCUCAGUGUCAUCUCCAUCUUUCUGUUUCCUGUUUUCAUUUAUGUUUGUUUUGUUCACAUCCUGCUGAUGUUCAUGUUUUCUACUGACUUUCAUUUUCUUUAUCAGCUGUUUGUUCACUCAGGCUCCAGGUUCUGGACUCAACUCUUCCACCGGAAUGAGAACAAAAAGGCUCCAGUUUAACACCAGAAAGGAUCUCUGAAUAUAAAAUAAUAACUCAGGGUGCUCAGAAGGCGCUUUAUAUUUUCUCACUGAACAAACAAAAGAGUCUGUUCUCUGAGGCAGGAAUGCUGGACUGAUGUGGAUCACUGGGGAACACAAGACAAUCUGGCACAGGACAGGGGACACGCAGACUAUAUAUACACCAGGUAACGAGGAACAGGUGGAGAC